AUGGUUACCCCAGUCAACCAGACAAACUCAAUCGACAUUGUCUGUGGGGGAUGCCAAGUUUCUUACAGCUAUACCAAGGUCGGAGGUGGAAAUCCGCACCAGAAUUUUGUGAUCACCCAGAAAGGAGGAACACUUGUUGCCUGUGACACUGCAUCUACAUCUACGGGCACUGGGUACUCAACUACUCUUGGCUGGAGCUUGAGUCUGGGCGUCAACACUCCGUUUGAAUCUUUUGGAUUUAGUGUCUCCGAGUCCCAGACUUAUUCGGUCUCGAACACGUUCACCUGCAAUGGUGUUUCCGCUGAACGAGGAGACAUCUGUGUUCUUUUCUAUCAGGCCGUCACGGCUUUCACAGUCAACGUGAAAGAAGUCAAUUCUUGUGCCUGCGGAGGCGGCACCACUAUUAUAGAUCGUGGCGAAGCUAUUGUGUACGCGCCCAACUCAAAUCGAGUUGGCAGCGUCGCCGGACGGGAUCAAUGUUAUUAA